UUUUUGUAAGGCAGGUAUGGUGGUGAUGAACUCCAGCUUUUGUUUGCCUGGGAGCAUCUUAAUCUUUCUUUCAUUUCUGAAGGACAACUUUGCCAGCGUGCUGGAACUUCUCUGCUGGACUCUGCAGUUGCACAAAAGCACUCUUCUCGGGCAACUUUACUUUGAUGGUUUUCAAGGAAGCUGGGCUACGAAGUGGCAGAAGUCUCUAGGAAGCAGGAUGUCAAUGCCUCUGGGGAAACAGCUCUUUUUUACCGGCGUGGCGGCUAGCGGGGGCUGCGCCCUUUUGUACUACCUGCUACAGAAAACUUUUUCCAGGGCUUCCUAUUACCAGUUGGCGUUGGAGCAUCUGCACAGCCACCCUGAGGCACUGGAAGCUCUGGGCACUCCUCUCAACGUUCACUAUCUCCGACUCACCGACAAGUACAACUUUGUGGACAUUGCUGAUGCAAAGUUGAAGAUUCCUGUCUCUGGACCCAAGUCAGAGGGCUAUCUCUAUGUCACCUCAUCCAGAGACGCCCCCUUUAAGAGGUGGAACCUUCAGGAGGUCUUCUUAGAGCUCAAGGAUGGCGAGCAGAUUCCCCUGUUCAAGCCCAGUGGGGAGAACAGCAAUGAGCUGAAAAAGGAGUGAAGUGUUUGCUGGAUUUUUUCUUGCUGUGGCCGAGCCACAGAAAACCAGGGCCCGAGUGGACCAUCUCUUCUGAAGUAAAAGCAAUCAUGCCGUAUACCUGUAGCCCACUACUUCCUGUGUGUCCAGUGAUCACUGUGAUCCAGCCAUGGACUCCCAGUAAUGACCUGGAAGACAUCUUGGAGGAUGCACGUCAUCAUCAGAGGCAAAGGAGACUUUUCACUGUUUGAGCAAGUGUUCCCAGCACACCCCAUGAGUCAGCCCAGUGGUGACUGGAGAAAGGGCUCACUAGAAUUGUAAGAAUUAUAGAUUUAUGAAGACUGCAGAAGAGCGAUCACAGCCAACAAAUGGCAGUAGGACUCCCACGCGCCUUUACUAAGAUGCUGUAUGGUCUCUGCUCACAAGCGGCUUAUGUAAUACUGGACUAGAAGAGUUGCAAGCAGCGGUGCUAAAACGAGGUAGAAGAGAGACCGAUUAGGAGGAAUCCAGGAGGCCAAUCAGGUCCCUCCUCCCUCUUGGUGGACUGGUGACCUCAUGGGCUUAUUUCAGACGUGAUGGAGACUGCCUUGCAAAUAGAAAAAACAUGAAAACAGGCCUCAGCAGGGGAGGUGUGAGCUAUGCUCCAGAAAGAAGAUCUGCCAUUUGGCCAGUGUAUAGGUUAGCUGAAGAUACAGUAAAAGCAAGCCCUGGACAGGUGAGGUGACCAGAGCAUGAAUGCCAGCAUUAGCAUUUUGCAUUGAGCUUGUAGCCCUCAGGUUCUGGAGUAAGUAUAUGAUUCUACUGUUAAUGACGGUUUAAGAGACUGUGCUGAAUUAUACUACUACUCCCAGUUUUGGUGAAGUUGCAUUCAGCAAAAAGAUGAAGCUAAACUGAAUGACACCCACGUGAAGCAGCCAGCACUGCACCGAUGGUGGCCUCUGGCACAGCGGGAAGGCCAGGGCAAUGCUCUGUUGACAGCAGCUCCACAGGGCUUUCUGAAGGCUGCCUGACUCUGCUGUUUUCAGUUUGUCCAUAUGAAAACUGAAAACUAUGAAUACAUACUUACCAAUCGCUGGUCUUACAGGCGAGGCAGCAUUUAUACUGCUUGUUGGGAGGCUUGGGCAAAAGAUGCUGUAUCCACAGGAGGCCCCAUGAAGGGGUUGGGGGGCGUUCAAGGAGGAGGUGAGAGGGUGAUGAUGGGAAAAGCCUCCAGCCUCCACCCACGGGAAGAGCCUCUCCUCGGUAACCUGUCCACCAUCCAGGCUUGUCUUUCCGCCGACUCCAGCAGUUGCUCAGUUCAAAGUGCUGUCAGGAACGUGUACAGAAAAGUUGACAUUUUACGAUCCGGGGUUCAAAAGUGGGAGUUGAAAAUAUUAGAAACAUGCCUCUGUAUCAUAGAUCACAUUUCAUUUAAUAAUGAAAGGCAUUUAAUAUACCAUUAGAAGAAGUAAUGGAGAGCAGACAAUACUUAAAAUAGCAAAAAGCAAACCAAAACAAAAACUACUUAGGAAAAAGUGAGCAAGAAAUCUGCAAAACUUAUAUGGGAGGUCUAAAACACACUACUGAAAGGUACAAAUGUAGAACUGGACAAAGGGAAAGACACACCAUGUUCUUGGAUGGCAAGAUUCUUCAUCAUAAAGAUGUCAGUUCUCCCUGAGUUAAAUUUAAUGUGAUUUUUAAAAGACGAGCUAAUUAAUUGUAAAUUCCUUUGGAAGAAGAAAUAAGCAAAGAUAGCUAGGAAAUCACUGCAAAGGAAGAGUAAGGAAUGGGGGGCUCGUCUUAGACAUUAAAACAUAUUUGUAAAUAAAAUAAUGAAGUGCUGGCACAUGAAGAGACAAUGCAAUGAAAAUAUAGACGUGCAUAUGGAAAUCUGGUUAUGGUAAAGCAGCAUCUAAAUCAGGGAGGGAGAGGAAGACAUUUGAAAAGUGAUGUUGGAACAACCUGAUAGCCAUAUGCAAAAAGAUGAAAUGGGAUCAACUGCUCACCAUACAUUCCAAUUGGAUCAAAAGAUCUAAAUGUAAAAAUGAAACCAUCUAAGCACUAGCAGCAAAAUAUGGGUGAAUUCUUUUAUAACCCAGAAGUGGAGAAACUCACCUAACCAUGAUUCGUUACAGAAUAAGGAAAAUUGACUGUAUAAAAACAAAUUUCUGCAUGUCUAAAAAUACCAAAAGCAAAGCAAAAAGCAAAUGGUAAAUGGGAAAAUAUUUAGAAUUUAAAUCACAAAAGUUAAUAUCCUUAAUUUCUAAAGAGUGAAAGUUGAGAAAACAGUAACCCAAUAGAAAAAUGGGCAAAAAAUAUGUAUUCACAGAAAAGAAAUGCAAGUGACUCAAACACACUAAAAAAAAAAAAGGUCAACCUCACUCUUAAAAAGAAUAUAAAUUCAAACUACAGGAAGAUACCAUUUUUCUUCUAGCAAAUUGGCAAUAAUCCCUAAAUUUGAGAACCUAUUUUCUCAAAAGGCUGUGGGGAAAUAAGCAUUUUUAAAUUGCUGGUGUAAAGACAAAAUGAAACACCUGUGGGAGGGAAUUUGACAAUAUCUAGAAAAAUGUCACGUACACUUACCAUUCUAUUCAGCAGUCCCACAUCUAAGAUUUUAUCCCAAAGUACACUGGCAAAAAAUACAAAAUGCCAUUUAUGUAAGGUUAUUUAAUGUAACACUAUUGGUAACAGCAAAAAACUGUAAACAACCCAGGUAUAACCCAAGUCUCCAUUGAUAGAGAAUGGGUUAAAUAAACUUUGACUUCCAUACAGUUGAGGAGUCUGUACUUGUGAAAAGGAAUUUUAUAUAUGCAUGUGUAUAUGUAUGCAUAUGUUAGCUUCUACUUUCAAAAAGAAACAACGGAAGAAUAACUAAAAUCAAUACAAGUAGUUACCUUUGGGGAAGUAAACAAAUGGCCAGGGGAUGUAAGUAGGAAACAGGGAUGGAAGCUGUACUUUCCUGAAUGUACCUUGUUUUACACUUUUGACUUUGAAAUCAUGCUGUUUUGUUUUUACAUAAUUUAAAAAUAAAAUCACAAAGAAAAAAAAUCUUUAAAAUACUUCUUAAAAUAUUGAAACAAAUGAACCACACAGAGAAGAAAUAUUUCAAGUGACUUUCAAACAGUUCUGACUCAACAUCCUUGGUGGGAUAUAUCCUCAUGGCAAAAAGGAACCUCAAGAAAUUUUAAACUACAUUCAGUGGUCUAGUGUUAGUGCCCACGUGCGCACACACACACACUCACUCACUGGAGACUUCCUCCUUCCCAUACUUGUCACUCCUUCUCCAACAGAGAGAAACCUGGCUCUCAUAAUCCGAGGUGUAUUUACUAAUUUGCUUAAAUCUAAAAUACGCAGAAGGGAGUUCUCCUACUGUCAACUUUAAAAAGCAGAAACCCCCAGGAGGGACAAGAUGGAGUAGACACACGUUUCCCUAUUCUUCCCACUAAGCACAGCUAAAACCCUAGACAUUUAUCAAAUAAACACACUGAAAAAUGAAAAGAAGGCAGAUUGGCCGAGGAUCUUGGGACCCAAGUGAUAACAGCAGUGAGUUCCCUGGGCUUUCUUUUGCCUCAUAUGUCCCAGACUAGGUGCUGGUGAAACCAGCAGCCUAGAAACACCAAUGGCUGCAACAACAAAAGCCAAGAAAAGCCUGCUUUCUCAAGCUAAAGAACUUUCACACAGUAAUCGCCCUAUUCCAGCCAGACACCAUGGAAAAAAACAUGGCCCCAACCCUACCCUAGCCUGUCAACAAAGGCCAGGUGGAGAGCCGAGACUUGCUCCCCUUACUCAGCUAGAACAAGGCCUUCCCCGCCCGCCCCUUUGGCCCCCGUCCUCUGCAGGGUGUGGUGGCGGAGAAGGCCCAGGGGAGCUACACCCGCCUUUCCUGCCCGGUGAUACUCCCACCCCCCGCGGCAUCAGUGGAGCCCCUAUUCUUCAGUGGGAAGCCAUAAGGAGGUACCCCUCCCCCUGCCUGGGUGUCAGAAUAGGCCAAGUGGUGAGCCUGGACCUUCACCCCCAACUGGCAGCAGUGAGGAGGCAGUGUACAUAUCCCCGCUUCACCCACCGGUAUGGCGGUGUCAGAAAAAGCCUGCUUUUAAAACAGAAGAUUUAGACAAGAUCCAGAGUCCCGCGACAUAAAACCAGACGUCCAAUACACAAUAGAAAACCACGCUUUUAUACCAAGAACCAGGAAAAUCUGAACUUGAAAAGAAGGAAAGAAAUCAGGAACUUGAAGAUAAAAUAGAAAUUACCCAAUCUGAGCAGAGAAAACAGGCCGACAAUAAUACCUGUGGUUCUAUAACAAAAAAAUCUAGCAUUCAUGUCAUUGGAGUCCCAGGAGAAGAGAAAGGUGGGGCUGAAAAAAGCAUUUGAAAGAAUUAACGUCUGAAAAGUUUCCAAAUUUGGCAAAAGACAUAAACCUAUAUAUUUAAGAAGCUGAGUGGAACCCAAACAGCAUAAACCUAAAGAAAUCUAUGAUAACACAAACUUCUGAAAACUAAAGGCAAAGAAAAAAGCUUGAAAGCAGCAAGGCAGAAAUACCACCUUACCUAUAGGGGAAAGAUAAUUCAGAUGAUAGCUGUCUCCUCAUAAACCGUGGAGGCCAGAAAAAUGGCACAAAAGUUUUCAAGUUCUAAAAGAAUUGUCAACUCUGAAUUCUGCAUCUGAUAAAAUUCUUCUUCAGGAACGAAGGAAAAAUAAAGACUUUCCAGAUGAUGGAAAACAAAAA